AUGCCUUUCGUUCCGUGUUUGAGCGUCGCCGAUACAACGGUUAGCUUGAAUUUUUACAAGGAAAUUGGGUUCACCACUGAUUCAAGCACCGCACAUGCUGGUGACGAUCUUCAUCUUCUACUCUAUGAUGGAGACCUCUGCUGUAUGAUCUACGGCAAUGAGAACCUCAAAGACUGGCUUCCCUGUCUGAAGGAUCAGCCGGUGGGGUUCUCUGGCAUGUUCUAUCUCAACAUCGACAACAUUCAAGAAGCAUAUGAAACAAUCUCUCAGAAGGCCAAGGUCAUCAAACCACUCACCUCUGACAAUAACGGUCAAGUUGAGUUCUACAUUCGGGAUCCAGACGGUUACGUCCUCGGAUUCAACGACAAAUCUGUUCUGAAAUCCAGUGAACUUGGAAAAUAUACCUAG